AGCAGCUAUUGGAAAACUUUUCCGUCUCUCUGGUCGUUGGUGCCGGUGUGGACCCCCCUACGCCCACACACCCCAACACCGUCACACACGCACCCCUGCUGUCUCUGCGGCUUUACGCGCGAGCUUCCCUUUGCGCAAAAGCGGUCGACCCUGGCGUGGAGUGCUCCUCCGUGCGCACUCAUGGAUGACGAGUUCCUCUCGAACCUUCCCGCGGAGGCUCUGAGCCCCAACUCCACGGAGGUACCCGGCCCGUGGUCGUCUGCGGACGGCGCGGAGACCGUACACUUCGUGGUGCGCUGCGUGAUGACCUCCGUGUAUAUUCUGAUCAUCGUCGUGGGUCUGCUGGGCAACAUCACGCUGGUGAAGAUCUUCAUCACGAACAGCGCCAUGAGGAGCGUGCCCAACAUCUUCAUCUCCAGCCUGGCGGCGGGAGACCUGCUGCUGCUGGUCACCUGCGUGCCCGUGGACGCCUUCCGCUACUUCUCCGAGGAGUGGGUGUUCGGAGAGGCGGCGUGCAAACUCAUCCCCGUCAUCCAGCUCACCUCGGUCGGGGUGUCGGUGUUCACGCUCACUGCGCUCAGCGCUGACAGGUAUAAGGCCAUAGUAAACCCCAUGGACAUCCAGACAUCCAGCGCUGUCUUCUGGACGUGUCUGAAAGCUGUUUCUAUCUGGCUGCUUUCCGUCCUGCUGGCUGUUCCUGAGGCUAUUUUCUCCCAAGUCGUCUCCAUGCAGGGUCACAGGGACAACACAAAUGUCACCUUUGUGAACUGCGUGCCCUACCCGCUGUCCAAUCAGAUGCAUCCUAAGAUCCACUCAGUGAUGAUCUUCCUGGUUUACUUCCUCAUCCCUCUGGCCAUCAUCUCUGUGUACUACUACCACAUUGCCCGCACGCUCAUCAAGAGUGCCCAUGACAUGCCGGGGGAAGUCAGCGAGCACACCAAGAGACAGAUGGAGACGAGGAAGCGUCUGGCUAAGAUCGUGCUGGUUUUUGUGGGCCUGUUUGCCCUGUGCUGGUUCCCAAACCAUGUCCUCUACAUGUACCGCUCCUUCCACUACCACCAGAUGGAUCUGUCGCUGGCCCACCUCGUCAUCACUCUUCUAGCCCGGGUCCUCAGCUUCUCCUCGUCCUGCGUCAACCCGUUCGCGCUCUACCUGCUCAGUGAGAGUUUCCGCAGACACUUCAACAGUCAGCUGCGAUGUGGUCGAGGUCCUCGCCCUGAGCGCCAAGCCAGCUAUCUGCAUAGCACCUCCCACAUCCGCCUCACCUCCAUCAAGAAGAACACGCCCACUGCUGCCCUCGCUCCGGCAGCCAAUGGAAACCCCAACAGACAGGAAGUGGCUCUGUGAAGCAGGACGCUAAGAGUCUGACAUUUUCAGCUUCACCUCCUCCCGAGUUUGAAAUGUUGGACUAUCGUAGGAGAGGUUUUCUGUUGCGGAGCAGCGAUGGAUGGUGGAGGGAAGGACAGCGGACACGAGUCUUGUACAAGUUGAAUGGCUGCAACGGUCGCUCCUUUCCCAUCAGAGUUAUCGUCUACAUCCUUACCUUGGCAACCAAACAGAAAGUGCCUCUUAGAAAUACAAGACGGACAGUAUAAAAACUAAGAACACCUUUUUCCAGGAUGAUUCUCCAGAUUUAUUAACAGUAACUGCAUAAAAAAUAAAGAUGGAUGGAAUCAAAUUUGUGAGAAAAGCCUCACAGACUUUAAAGCCGACAGCAUGGCUGCAACGUUAGCAUAUCUGCAGCUAUUGCUCGUUUUCUCUGUGCUUUGCUGCCGGGAGGCUCACCGUCAAUGGACUCAUCUAAAAAGCCAUUUUUGUGUGUUGAUUUCACUGAGUGGGCUCGUUUGUCUGCUGCACUCAGAUAAAGGUUUCAGAAC